AUGGAUGGACUUGCACCGUACGCUAACGACCAUAAAAGCCCAAAUGGCCCAGGAGAUGCAAGACCUAAUGCAUUGAAAAUCAUCCGAGACCAGGGGCUAGAUGGGAAUCUCGAGGGGAAAGUUGUUCUCAUCACAGGCUGCACUUCUGGGAUCGGCGUGCAGACGGCAAGGGCAAUCCAUGUGACUGGAGCUGAUGUGUACUUCACGGGACGAGACCAAACAAGAGGCCAGCAACUGGUUGAGCAGCUCUCAAAGGAUGGCAAGCCUGGCAAAGUGGUGUUUCUGAAGACCGAAAUGGACUGUAUUGCGGAUAUCAAAGAGACUAUCUCAAAGUUCGAGGAGAAAAGCAGCGUUCUAAACAUCCUGAUCUGCAAUGCCGGCGUGGCUUUUAUGCCGGAAGGGACAACGAAAGACGGAUUUGAGAGCCAUUUUGGGAUCAACCACAUAGCCCACUUUUACAUCUUCCAGAAACUGAAGAAGAUGCUCUUGCAGUCUGCGACGCCGGAGUUUCCAUCGCGUGUGGUGAUGGUGUCAUCUGCCGGACACCGCUGGUCUUCUGUAAACGUGGACGAUCCGAAUUUCAGGGAAACCCCCUACGACACCUCAAAGGCUUAUGGAGCUUCAAAGACGGCAAAUAUAUGGAUGGCCAACGAGAUUGAGAGGCGAUAUAACUCGCGCAACUUGCACGCCACAUCAGUACAUCCGGGGAUGAUUCUCACCUCCCUGGGUCGGAACCUGGAGGGUGGAGGUGCUAGCAUGUUCGAAGCGCCGAACAUCGCACCGCGAGCCAAAAGUCUCGAGCAAGGCGCAGCCACGACGGUCUGGGCGGCUGUAGGGGAGGAAUGGGCACAUCGGGGUGGUCACUACUUGGCUGAUGUACAGAAGGCAGACUUGGUAACGCCGGAGGCCGUUGACCCAGGCAGUUGUUAUUCACCCCAUGCGUUUGACGAGACGGAACUUGAGGCGUGGGGUAUUUCACCUCCGACGAUUGGUAAGUAUCCGACAGCUGCAGCAGAGCAAGACAUCGACAAUCUGACGAUCCUGACCCACCAACCAGUGAUCUUGCUACUGGACACCUCCGCCUUGACAUCCCACUCGGCCAUCUGCCCCGCCUCUGAUAAUAUCAUGCCGCCUGUGAACCUCCCUAAACGAAAGUUGGGCAAGAAUGGCCCUGAAAUUGUAGCUCUUGGGCUUGGUCUAAUGGGCCUCAGUGUUGCCUACGGUAGUAAAGCUUCUGACGAAGAACGAUUGAAGUUCCUCGAUCGCGCGUGGGAGUUGGGCGCCACCAACUGGGACACCUCGGACGUGUAUGGUGAUAACGAAGACUUACUGGGCAAAUGGUUCACACUUCAUCCUGAGCGACGCAAGGAUAUCUUCUUGGCCACGAAGUUCGCUGGCAAAAUAGCGACUGACUGGAAGGGAUCCCCUUCCUUUGUCAUCGAUUCCUCUCCAGAAUAUACCCGCGCUGCCUGUGAGCGGAGCCUCGAGAGAUUAAAGGUCGAAUCCAUCGACCUAUACUACAUUCAUCGCCUGGACGAAAAGACACCCGUUGAGAAGACCGUAGAAGAAAUGGUCAAGCUGAAAAACGAGGGCAAGAUCAAGUACUUGGGCAUCUCGGAAUGCUCAUCGACAAGCCUUCGACGCGCCUACGACGUGCACCCUAUUCAUGCGUUACAGGUCGAGUACAGCCCGUGGACGCUCGAUAUUGAAGGACCGGUGGGAACACACCUGCUGCAAACAGCGCGUGAGCUGGACGUCUCUAUCGUCGCGUACUCCCCGCUUGGCCGUGGCAUCUUGACAGGACGGUACAGCUCGCUGGACGAUUUCGAGGAAGGAGACUACAGGCGUGUGGUCAGCAGAUAUCAGGGCGACAACCUCGAGCACAACCUAGCCACUGUCAAGAAGUAUGAGGAGCUUGCCACGCGGAAGGGAUGUACCGUGAGCCAGUUGGUGCUGGCCUGGAUUCUGGCCCAAGGACCGGAUUUUAUCCCCAUCCCAGGCACUAAAAAGAUUAAGUACUUGGAGGAAAACUUGGGUGCUUUGAAUGUAGCCUUGACCGAGGAGGAAGUAGCUACUAUGAGGUCUUUGGUGAAGGCUGGAGAUGUUGCGGGGGACAGAGGCAUCAGUGUAAACGAGUAUGCCGAUACGCCGAGUCUGUAA